GGGGUUAGAAGUGUUUAUUUUGUUCGUGUGGGUGUUUUACUCAUAGUUUAGCAAAUGUAGAUAAAUUAGUGAAUAGUCAAAAAAAACAUGCUAGCGAACUGUUUGUCAUUGUUGCAUUUAAAUCAAUUUUAAGGGAAACUUUCUCCUUAGCAUAGUGGUUCAGUCUGGAGUCACGCGGUUAAACAAAAGUAACUUCCGCAAUUACCUAAGAUAAAAACAACAAGCCAAACUGUCCAACAUUAGUCUUUCAAAAUGGGACACUUUACUCUUCUUAUUUUGGCAGCUUUUCUCUCCUUCACGUCCACACAGUUUGUACCACCGUAUACAGAAGACUGUCGGACAGRCAUGUACCCACCGAAAGGUCCCACGUUCAAAGGAGACGUCAGUUGGUACACAGUCAACCUCGACUUACCUCCCAGCAAGAGAUGGACGGCUGUGAUCUCAGAGAAAAAGCAAGAGCUGGCCACUAUGAUUCAAGCCAUCAAAGACUUGGCAGAUGCUUUUGUGCCCAGUGGACGGCUGAUAGAGCUGGUUGACCUCACGUUGCCUUUAAUGGUCGACACGCUCCCAAAUCCGUUCCGUGACGAGAUCAAAGGAAUUGCUGAAGUUUCAGGAGCUCCUUUAGGUGAAGUAGUCUUAUUUAAUAUCUUCUAUGAGGUGUUCACGGUGUGCACAUCUGUUGUUGCAGAGGAUGAGAAAGGGAACCUCCUGCAUGGAAGGAAUUUAGAUUUUGGACUAUUUUUAGGCUGGGAUGUGAAAAACAAGUCAUGGACCAUCAGCGAGAAGCUGAAGCCUCUCGUGGUCAACCUCGACUUCAAAAGAAACAACCAGACGGUUUUUAAAUCCACGAACUUUGCUGGCUACGUUGGCAUGCUCACCGGCAUCAAGCCUUUUAUCUUCACCCUGACGAUGAACGAGCGCUUCAGCCUCGACGGUGGAUACAUCGGAAUCAUGGAGUGGAUCUUGGGAAAAAGAGAUGGGAUGUGGAUGAGCUUUCUCACUCGAUCUGUCCUAGAAAACGCAACCAGCUAUGAGGAAGCCAAACAGAAGCUGGCYCAGACUAAGAUGCUCGCUCCAGCUUACUUCAUCCUGGGAGGAAACCAAACAGGGCAGGGCUGCAUCAUCACCAGGUCCAGACUGCUCAGCAUUGAUGUCUUGGAGAUCGACGUGAGACGGGGCCGCUGGUAUGUCCUGGAGACAAACUAUGAUCACUGGGAAGACCCUUUUUUCCUGGAUGAUCGGAGGACUCCCGCCAUGAAGUGCAUGAACCAGACCACCCAGGCAAACAUCUCUGUGAAAACACUGUAUGAUGUGCUGUCAACCAAACCAGUGUUAAACAAGCUGACCACAUACACGACUGUMAUGAAAGUGUCGGAGGGCAAACUGGAGUCGUAUAUCCGGGACUGUCCAAACCCGUGCAUGCCUUGGUGAUCCUCCCAACACCAGCUCCURAUCUGUCUGAAAAAUGCUUAAAGGUUGACUCAUCUUGGUGCAAAAUGUCAAGCUUUUAAGUGCUUCCCCAUCCACUACUGACCUGAACCGUUGUUUGUAACACUGGUGUCGUUUUCACAUUUAAAGAUACAGUUCAAAUCUUUAGAAGUGGGGUUCUGUGCAAAAAGGUAUAAACAAUAUGUUACCUGUUGUACAUAGCUCUUUGAGUGACCUCAGCUUGAAGAAAGUUUAAUUCUGACCUGAUUUAUGCACUAAUGGCUAGUCCAAGUAGGGCCGAGAAACAAAACGAGUUUCUGCUUUGAAAUAACUUCAGUUUAUGCAAAUAGUUUAUUACCCUUUGCAUUGUGAUUUCAUGCAACAUACUUAUGUUGAAUUCAUUAGUAACCUGCUAGCUCUAACACUUUCAAUGCAACCUGAGUCACUUCUAGCAGAAAUAACAUUUCUGCUAAAAUACCAUUAAAAUGAGACAUUGAUGGAAAAGUAAAAGUGUAUAAAAUGACAUUUACAUGGUGUACAUAUAAUUCCCAAAACUGACUGUUUUACGAUGGUAGCAACUGACCACAGUCUGGCUCUGCUCAGACUAGCCAUUAGCUCAACAGAAGUAAGUCUUCAUAAAGCUAUCUAGUUAAGAUUAUUACUUUACAUUUACACAGAACACUUCAGAUUUAAGGAGAUUUAAGGGAAAUUGGAACCAAAACCUGUAAAUAUUUUCCUGUUCUUUAACUGUAACUUUAUUUGUAUAAUGUGAACAGUUUAGUAAUUAUCCUUGGAGAUUUCAGUAAGUGCAAAACAUUGCUUUGUUAUCAGCUUCCUGCAAAUCUAGCACUUUAAGUGCAAAGUUUAAAUAAUUCCUGAUAAUGACAAAUAUACCUCAAUGCUGACCACUUUUUAAAUCGUUAAUAAAAUAAGCCAAAGCAUUUUUGUUUCUCAGUUUUUUUAAUCACAAGUUUUACAUGUUGAGCUACCUGUGUUUAAUUCAGAUGUGAUUUUCAUAAAGCUGGGAUUGAGUUUGUCUCAAAUCAUUUGGUUUUAUUAUAA